UACUGACUGUGUUGAUACAGAAGGUGGCGACAGUGCAUCCUGCUCCCUCCAACAACAGCAGGCGUGAUGACAGCGGUAGCAACGACCCCUGACUGCUGGUUACACCUACAGUCAUUAACGUUACAACAUCCGCAGCAAAGUGUCUAAUGCCCGAGUUUUUACCAUUCAGCCAACCUUUUCAGCCACUUGAAUAAGGCCUUGUCAAAUAGGCGCCGCUGACCUUGUGAGGGUGGUGCCAGAUGGAUAAUGGGGGUGGGCUUGAGAGGGAGGGCCGAGUAAUGUCACAAGUUCAGGUGGGUGGGGUGGACCUCUGUGAUAACCUCCCCAGCCCUGAAGCUCUCACUGCCCAAACUCGCAAUCUCAACCAGACAAACACGCUCACAGAGAUUCAACGUCUCUGUCCAUCGCAAGACAAAGACGGAGGAGGGAUCAUCCAAAAAGCCCCAGUCAACAACAAUGGGAAGGACAUCGAGAAGGAGCGUGGAAGAGGAAGAGAAGACGAUGAGGAAGAAGAUGUUGAUGAGGUGAUGAAGGAAGAAGAAGAGGAGGAAGAGUCAGAGGAAUCAAGCUGUCUAAUUCGCUGCCAGUCUCCAGACACUCCAAUGACUGAUUCCUCCUAUUCAGAAACCGGUAGUCUGUUAGAGACUCCAUGUGCUUUCAGCCCCGGGACCAGUCCAGAGCCUACAUCUCCUGUCAUUCCAGUGGUCGGUCCAGAAACAACAUAUCCCACCAGUCAGGUUGAACUGAGCCAGAUUGAUGUCAAAGUGGACUCUCAUAAUACUAAAUCAAUUGCUUCCACCACAGGGUCCAUUACACUGGGACCCACCUUCACCACAGGGCCUAUAGAUUCUAAUACACUUGCUACAACCUCAGACACCAGGCCUACCAGCCCACAUGGGCCUACCUGCAUCACAGAAGCUACAGACGAGAUAGCAAAGAAUACCCACUUCAUUACAAAUCAUGUCACCUCUUCCACAGGACCUAUCGCCUCAACUGCAGAGACAUUUACAGUAACUGCUUGCACCACAAGGCUUAAUACUUCUGUUGCUUCCACCGAUUUGAGUGCAGGACCCCUUACCUUCACCACAGGGCCUAUGGUUACCAGUACAGAAUUCACUACCACCACAGGACAUAUAACGUCAAAUUGGGAACACAUUACCUCCACACCAGUGCCCACUUGUUUCUCAGUCUCCAGCUGCACCACAGGGCAUAUUCCAAGCCCUACCCUGCUGGAGUCUCUGGAGGAGUUGGCACAAAGAGGAGAUGACACUCACCUACCACAGUACCUACACCAGAUUGCCGAGGCCUUUGUCCUUCAGAAAGACUACCAGCGGGCAUUAUGGUGCAUCCGACUAGAGAGACUCUAUCAUCAGAGAGUAUUGGUCAAUCUGAAUGCACUACAGGAACAGUGGGAAAGUCAGUGUAGAGGUUCUUUCUCAGACCUCGCAACCCAACAUCUGGACACUCUUAAAAACAUCUGCGAGACGCACAGUCGACCAGGAGCUAGAAAUGCUGUGUGUGUAUCUCUGGACCUUUUGAGGCCUGCACUUGAAGAAGGUGGUGCACUGUCUUCAUGUACCUCAGCCCAUCAGGAUGACAAAGGGAUAGAGCAGAGAGCCGGAGACUCCUUCUGUUCUCAAAGCAGCCAUUCAGUCAUACCAUCCUUUAAGUUGACUGAUAGGCUCAAUUCCCCUGAGAUCCCCGAAAAGGACAAGGAAGACCCAGACUGGGAAGUAGAGGGAAAGGACUGUUUCUAUGGAGAUCAGCUGACUGACAAGCAAGGCAGCGACAAGGAGGGAGGAGAAGCAGAAGGAGUGGAAGGAUACACCAUUUCAUUCAUAGGAAAUGGACUGCACCUCUCUACAGUUGGAGAAAUGGAUCAGUCCAAGCCUGCAGAGCAGCAGAGAGGAGAUUUAGGUCCUGCACAGGAGAAGGAGGCAAAAAGAGGCAGAGAGGAGAGGGACGUGGCGGAGGCAGCGGGGAAUUUGGAGAUGCAAGGUGAGGUAGAUGGAGAAGAGAAGGAGAAGGAACGAGACUCUCCUCUAUGUCAGAAAGCUCUCCUAGUGGAGACUCCGGUCAGAAGGGCAGAGGUGGAGGUACAACAGCUGCACCAGGAAGCCCUAGCUGAGGAGAAGCUACAUGAGGAGACCCAGCAGGAGCAGGAGGAAGAGGAAGAUGAGGAGGAGGAAGAGGAGGAGGAGGAGGAUGAGUACAAAAUUAAUCGAGUUGACAUAAUUAGAGAAGCAUCCUCACUGGACGACAUGGCUAAACUCAUCACUGUAGAGGAGAUGUCUCCUUCCUCUGGCUUGGUUUCCAUAUUGAAGAAGCGGCAAGUUUGUGUGGACAACAAGAGUGGGUCUGCCAGCUCAGAGCCCCAACACGACAACGUCCCUGCUAAAAGACGCGUCCACUUCCAAGUCCCUGAAGAUGGCUACGAACCUGAUGUUGGCGGUGGAGACUCCUGUCUGCUUCUUUUCCUGCUGUGUCUGGUUACCGUAGUGAUCAGUGUGGGUGGCACCGCCCUUUACUGUGCUCUGGGCGAUGCUCACUCGUCAGUCUGUCAGGACUUCUCCAGAAAUGCAGAGUUCUACAUGGGCCAAAUACAGCACGGGAUAGCUCAGAUCCAACAUUGGUUUGUCCCCCGGUCAUAGCAGUAAAGAGUUUGUCAACAUUGUGGAACCACUGGCCUUACUGUUUAUCACUGUGGGCUCCAGCAGCCCCUGCUGAUUCAUGGGACAAUGUUUUCAGUGGUAAUGGUACCAGGUAGCUGCUCAAUCCCUGCCAAUGUGGAGAAAGUGGCUUUUAUGCUGCCUAAUUGGCUAAAUGAUUAUAUCAGGUGCAGUUGGUAAUUGUAAGCCUGCACUACUGCAUUUUUAAUGCUCUUUGAAUACAAUCUUAGGGUUCAUUGAGCCUAAAAGUCAUAGGUCAGAUGUCUCCUUACAACAGUAGUUUGAAAGGGUAAGUAGAGAGAAGGAAUGGAGACUGCUUAACAGCAGGUCAAGAACUGACCUACACACAUCUCUACCCUGUCCGGAUCAAAGAGGUUAUAACAUUUUAAGCUAAGUUUAGAAAGUGUCAUAAUGAACUAGUCAACACAUUAACUGUCAACCAGUGAGUUUUAAAAGUCCCCGAUAGUUGAAUCAACCCUGACUGGAAACACACGUUCACUGACUUCUCUAAUACUCAACGCCCUCUGUUAAGAAUAAGAAUAAAUUAGUAAAGGCUGCCACCCACGGAGAUGUAAAAAAAAAUAUGUAUAAUGUUUAGUUUGUAAACGGGGGGGGGGACAGAGAUGCUCUCUACCCACACACACACUGCACACGUGGGAAGUGGCCCAAUGGGCAUUUUACAAACUCCUGCAACCACUAGUGUUUUAUUAUCUUUUAUUGUUGAAUUUUAAAAUUGUAAAUGGAAUUUUAAAAUGAACAUACAUUCUUUGUUCUACUACUUGGAAUGAAAUAAUUGUGUCUUAAUCAACCUUUGAAUGAACAUUUGGAGUUUAUUUAGUUUAGACUUUGCUUUGUGUCACCUCUGGGGAAUUUAUGUAUCAUUCACGUUUGACACAAGCAUCCUGUUGCUGUCCUUUUCUGUACUGCACUUUUUGCAGUGAGCUGACAUGGCUGCCACUGGAGACUAGUCCAAACUGUCCAUUAAUGGGUUUUAAUGAGCUAUAUUAAGCUUUGUGUAGCAUAUGCAACAUGAACAGGAACACAAUGCACCUCUGUAUAUAUUGUCAAAAGAAUGUUUAACAUGUUGCACAUAAGGCUGGUACGAUUCUUUUUUUUUUUUUUAAGAUAUUGCAAUAUUUCUACAGGAACGGUUGUUUUGGUCCUGGACUAAAUGCAAGCUGUACAUGAUUUGAUCAGGAACAAAAAACUGUUUCAGGUUCAUUAUGAAAGGUUCAUGCCAGUGAACAACAGUUAUGCACAGAUAACUUUCACAGAAAAUACUCAACUCUUAAGCAGGUCUGGCUAGUUAUGGAAUAUUUCUGGAG